AUGCAGUUAUACAAUAUCCAAUCCACUAUUCUCCUUCUUGCGGCUCUUGGCGCUAAGGCUGCCCCCGUGCGUACGUGUGAACUUUCUCGAAUCUUAUCUCUUGAUUCUGAUGUAUAUGAUAUAGCCGGAGAUGUGGAGAGCAAAGUGCCUACCACGUCUGAUCCUGACCCCAACUUCGCUUACUACAACUUCAAGCGAGAGGAGGUGAAGAAGGCGGCAGACGCUGCUGACCCCGAUCCGAACUUCGCUUACUACAACUUCAAG